AUGUCGAGUCUCAUACACAGCCCCCCUGGCAAUGGCCCGUCGCAUGAAGACCGUGUAGGCCGCCCCAUGGUCCGAUAUCUCUUGGAUACAUAUUCCAUGGAGCAGAUUCAAAAGCUGCUCGAAGAAGAAGCAUGUGCGCUGCCAUUAUUGCCAUCCCGGUCAUCGCCUUUACAAGCCUUCAAGCCUAUCAAGGAGACAUUCUUUGCAACGCUUGCUGCUACCCAACAAAGACGAGAAAUGCUCACGGCAGAAAAAGCGCUUUUGAACUUGGCAAAUGACAGCGUCGCAGAGAUCGUGGGCGAAGAAAACACGGGCGAUUUAAGAAUAGAGAAACCUCCAAAGAAGAAGGAGUACAUCUGUGGCUUCUGUAGCGAAUACGGAAUCUAUAAAAGGCUGUCGAGGCCGAGCGACCUGAAGCGUCACUUGGAAAGCACGCACCAUACCAACAAUCUGUGGGUCUGCCCCAAAGCCAACUGCCGGAGGGUCUUUCAGUGGCUGGGAGCCUUCAAAGAGCACGCCAGAUGUUAUCACAAGGUACGCGUUAGGAUUUACGAUGCCGAGGUUAUCACGCUUUGUCCCCAGACUGUCUUUGCGUGCGGCUUUGAAGGCUGCAGCCAAGUCUACGAGGCACCAUCGGAGUUUGAAGUGAGCCCAGCAAGAGACACAUACAUCGCCCACGUCGUCACCCAUUUGCAGAGUAUCCUGGAUAAGCCCAGAGCAUGGUCCUUCACAUGUAGGAUGCGCAACUUGCUUCGUCAAAGUGCUUUGUCCAAUAUUUGGCGGCAUCUAUCACCUACAUACGACGAAAAUCAGCAGCUAAACUGGGAUGCACGGUCAAGCAGCGUGCUUCAAAAGCUUCUAGAGACAAGACACCUCGGCAGCCCGAUUGACUUGAUGCGCAAUGCCAUUGCAUUGGGAUCCGGCCCCUGCAGAGAAGUUCAGCUUGCCCAAGGCAACGCUGUAUUGCCCAUUCUUGGUGAGUGCCAGGCGGAGGUGCAUCAGAUCGAUUUGCCUGCCGAUAUGCCUGCCGAUAUGCCCGCCGUUCAAGCCACUCCUUCGCCAGCGGAGCCUGGUGACGACACCGCGGAAUCUGCCACCGCCAACUGCAGUGAAUCUUUGGUUGCUCCCAAUCAUAGUGAUGCACUGCAAAGUGUCUAUCGACUAGAGCAUUCGCAUCAGGACGCGAUGCAAGAGAUAUUGGACUCUCUUCAUGACCAGCCUGUAGAGCAGCAAUACCUUUCGGAAGAUUUUACAGACCCAAUGGAGUGGAUUGAGAACAAUGACGAGGAGGGCAAUGACAUUAUCUAG